ACUGAGCACAUUCCAAUGUGUCAUGUACUGCCAGCAGGCGUGGCGUUAAGCAGUGAGUAGUUGUAGUUCAUCGCGGAAAUGGGAUGUAAAAACACACGAGCCACACAGACAACAAUUGAGAAAGUUUUUGAGUGUACAGUGUUUUUAAUAAUACCACGUUGUGGUAAAUGAUUUUCACUUGAUCUUUUGUUACGUCCGAAUUAGUGUAGAAAUAAAAUAAGCGUGACCAUAAAAACCGUAAGUGUUUUAUUUUGUGAUCCUCGCGAGUUUGUGUAAAAAGUCUAAAUCAGUCAUGGUGGCACUCUACUGUAAGCUGCUAAUUUUAACCUGUGUUGCCGCACGGACGACUGGAUUCAAUAUCAACACAAGAAACAUCCGAUACCACAGUGGACCAAAGGGGACACAUUUCGGAUUUAGCCUUGCUUUCCUGCCGACCAAGUCCAACUCUAAAACACUGGAGUAAGUGGGUUUCUUCGCUCUGCCGUCUCUUAAGGUGCAUGUUCGUGUUCAGCGAUAAGUGCGUCACGAAAGUAGGGCAGGUCGCGUCUACAUUUCUCAGCUGCUGUAUAAGCGUAAAGGCCUUUUUUUGUUGUUGUAAAUAUUCUUUAAAAUGAAGAUAAAUGAAAAUUUUAGAAAUGUGCAAUGCACCUUUCUAUAAGCGCUUGCAUUAUUUAGAGCUCCGAUGGUGAUAUGUUUAUGAUAUGUUUAUUUGGCGUCAUACGUAAUUUCGAAAUUCAAUAUGUCCAUAAUUUAAAAAAAAAACUGUUUUAAUUAGUAAAUGGUAAAAAAAAAAUUUAACAUUGUCAAUUUAACUUCUCCUAUAAGGAAUGGGAUUAAAAGCUGAUAAUAAUGCUAAGAGAGGUAAUUUUUUUUUUUUUUAAAGUUAUGAAACUAACGUAUAAAAUGCUUGGGAAAAUCAAGCUUAUCCCGGUUAGAUUAUGAUAAAAGGUUAAAGGUGAGUCUGGGUGUGGCACCUAGAGAUUGUCUGGCGUGAGGUGGAGAGGCGUAGCUAAGUGGGGGGGCAGAGGUGGCUGGGGGAAAGAUGUGUCCGAGCGCAAGGCUAGAAAUGGGGUCAAAAUGGGCUAUGAUUGUAUUGUAUUGAUAUAGCCUGUAAAUAGGGGUUUCAGAGUGGAAAGGGGGGUCAUCAAAAUGAAUCGUGUCCCUGAGCUACAAAAACUCUAGCUACUCCUCUGGAGAAAUAUAUAUACAGAUGCAUUGAUACCAAGCAUUUGCUUGAUAUUAUAAAUAUCUGAUGUCGGAGACAACUUUAGUGUUGUGAGACGCCUUUGCUGCGCUAUGUAUGGACUCUCAUCUGGACUAUGCCUAAUUAUAAUUAAUGACAGACCAGGAUGCAAUCUAUCAGUUAAUGCAUAAAUGCGUAAACCAAUAACCAAGACUUUAUAUAUAUAUAUUUAAUAAAAAUAAAUACUGAGUUGCUUAUUUAACUAGAAUAAUUUCUUUAUUAUUUUACAAUGCAAGGUUAGAAUAAAUCCUGUAUGUAAAAAUGGUGUUGUUAUUUCGUACUACCAAACAUUCUCAGUGAAGAGAUCGAAAUGAUUCAAUAACGCUGGCUUCAUGUAAAGAAAGGCCAACUAUUUAUAGAAGCAAGUGUACAUUUUAUUUUCGUGUUUAAAAACAAUUAACAAUUUUAAUAGUAAAGCAAACAAUACAACAUUAGUUUAUCAAGGAAAUUCAAUCUAGAUGCACUUACAACAAUGUAUAUCCGUUUACCCGUUGGAAUACCCCCCACCCCCACACCCCCCUUGGCCCACUCUUCGUUUAGCCUACUCGUUGGAGCCCCCAAACAGAAUACUUCAAUCGGUGGUGAGCAGUCCGGAUCACUGUACAAAUGUACUGAUGUGCUUGGGGAUAACAUCAACUGUACAGACGUUGGAGUGUUUGCCAAGAGCAGUGGUAAGUGGGGCCAUGGGGAACUGGACCAAAGGGUUCUCAAAUGAAUAUAGAUAUUUGAUCCAUUACUCAGUUCUAGUAUGCUACAGCCAUCCAGUAGUUCAGCCCGUCACUUAUUUGUAUUAGGGAAAUUAAAAAAAAAACAACAAACAAAUAAUAAUAAUAUCUCCAAAGCCCUACAGUCUUUGUGGGAUCCCUCCAAUCGGCCGGUUAUUUCCUCAGCCGAUACACGGACAGGCACACAGGUCACUCAAAAACUAGACAUGCCGACACACACGAACACACUGACACAGCUCGAACCUUUCUUUCUGAAAAUUUGUUGUUUUUUGGUGUUGUUUUUUGUUUGUUGUUUUUUGGUUAAAAAUUAGACAUCAGUUCAUAGGUUUUAUUUUGUGGACAAAAUCUACGGUCAAUGGAAAUAACUUAUUUUAAAUCGUGGUCAAAUUAAUAUCAUUUUUUUUACCCUUUAUACAACACACAUAUAAAUGUUCGAAAUGUUAAAAACACAAACUUUUUCAGGAAAAAACAACUAUUGUUUUGAGGGAAAUUGACUAAAAAAAAAAAAUCAACCAAUUAAACAACCUCUAAAAACACAGAGUUUCUCGUCUAACUCUUUUAUCAAAUGUACUAGCGAAUCAUGGGGUGGCUGGGGGAAGGGGCUGGGAAUUUGAAAGACUGUGUUAUCAUAGGCCUCGAGUCCAUCUGCCAAGUUUCAGCUUGAUAGGUUGACAGGUAGUGGGUCAAUUAGCCGUCAUAAGAUUUUGCAACCCAGCCAGUCAGUCACCCACGAGCAAAAACGUAGUUAAAUAAAAUUAAUAUCAAAGACUUAAUAAAUAAUAAUAUAUUUUUUUUAAUCGAGUAGUAUUUACAACUACUGUAUUAUAGCUGAAUGCAGUGGCGUAGCGAGGAAGGGGGGGGGGGUUCGGACCACACCAGGUGACACCAUUUUAGGGUGAACACCCAAUUGAAAAAUUGCAAAUGAGCCUAUAAUCAAGGCUCCAGCCCUGCUGGAUUGGGGUUCCUCUACAUUUUGUUAUUUAAAAUUAAUAUCAAAGACUUAAUAAAUAAUAAUAUAUUUUUUUUAAUCGAGUAGUAUUUACAACUACUGUAUUAUAGCUGAAUGCAGUGGCGUAGCGAGGAAGGGGGGGGGGGGGUUCGGACCACACCAGGUGACACCAUUUUAGGGUGAACACCCAAUUGAAAAAUUGCAAAUGAGCCUAUAAUCAAGGCUCCAGCCCUGCUGGAUUGGUGUUCCUCUACAUUUUGUUAUUACUAAGAAAUGAAUACACAUUUAUUCAGAUGAUUUUUGGGGGGUGGGGGUCUUUUGUAAGUCCCCCCCCCUCCAACCCAUCUGAACCCUAUUUCCAGUGCUCUCCAAGGUGUUACUCAGAGCCAUGCCAGAUCAACAUAAUAUUUAAUAAGACUGCUCCAUAUUUGGCUUUGGGAGUGGAAGGGGCGGAGAGGGCUGUUUGCACCCCAAGGAACUUUUUUUGUUGGGGGAGGGGGGAUCUAUUUCACUCUUUACGUAAUCUCUUUGCAUUGAAACUUUUUAUAAGUACAGUGGGUCAAAAUUAUGGGAGACUGCCUCCUACAAACUCGUUGACCUCUUUCGAACAAUAAACACUUUCAAUAACACUUACACCACUGUUCUGUCAUAUGUCAACAUGUUGACAUCUAUCGCACAGUAAACACUUGCAGUAACAAUUAGAGAACUCUUCUGUCAUAUGCCAACGCGUUGACACCUAUCGCACAGUAAACACUUGCAGUAACAAUUAGAGAACUGUUCUGUCAUAUGCCAACUUGUUGACACCUAGUGCACAAUAAACACUGCCAAUAACAAUUAGACCACUUUUCUGUCAUAUGCCAACGUGUUGACAUCUAAUGCACAAUAAACACUUGCAGUAACAAGUAGGCUAAUUUUGGCUUUUACAAUAACCAACAACCACAGAGAAACCGAUUAUUAUCACCCGUCAGCUACCUGGUACCAAUGCGCAUUAUGCGUUAUUGUCAGAUUCGCGAAGCAUUGGCGAGACGUCUAACAAUUGUACUGAUGUAUUAGACGGCAUACGUACUUCAAACAUAUUUUUAAAAAUUAUUUCUCUUCAAUUUGUUUAGCUUGUAGAAAAAUUAUUCGAAAAUAUCUUUGUCAUAAUCAACAACUCGUUAUCUGUUAAAUUAUAAUUGACAUUUUUAUCUCACACUCACGACAUCUUUAUCACACAUUCAUGACAGUUUUUCUCACACUUAUGACAUAUUUAUCUCACACUCAUGACAUUUGUAUCUCACACUCAUGACAGUUUUAUCCCACAGUCAUGGCAUCUUUAUCUCACACUCAUGACAGUUUUAUCUCACACUCAUGACAGAUUUAUCUCACACUCAUGACAGAUUUAUCUCAAACUCAUGACAGUUUUAUCUCACACUCAUGACAGAUUUAUCUCACACUCAUGACAGUUUUAAUCUCACACUCAUGACAGAUUUAUCUCACACUCAUGACAGAUUUAUCUCACACUCAUGACAGAUUUAUCUCACACUCAUGACAUUUUAUCUCACACUCAUGACAGAUUUAUCUCACACUCAUGACAGUUUUAUCUCACACUCAUGACAGAUUUAUCUCAAACUCAUGACAGAUUUAUCUCACACUCAUGACAGUUUUUCUCACACUUGUGACAUUUUUUACCUUACACUAAUGACAUCCUUAUCUCACACUUAUGACAGAUUUAUCUCACUCUCAUGACAGUUUUAUCUCACUCUCAUGACAGUUUUAUCUCACACUCCUGGCAGUUUUUUUUUCAUAACAUCUUUUGAAACCACUUUUACAACUCGACCUACCGCCAUUAAACCUUCCUCUCAUACUUCAGUCCAUAUUGAUGUCAUUUUAAAAUCUGGAUUAUACAACAAGGCAGACAGAGAAAGCAUUGUCCUCUUAGUUCAUGUAUUCAUUUGUAUCAUGUUUUAUAUCAACAGUCAUUCGGAAAGGUACUAAAGGCGAAGGCUUUGGUAGUACUAUACUUGUCUCUGACUCUGGAAAUAUCACGGUAAGUACUAACUUGCGAUGUCACGGUAUGUAAUAGCUUAUGAUGUCACGGUAUGCACUAACUAUUGAUGUUACGGUAUGUACUAACUUAUGAUUAUCCUGGUAUGUGCUAACUUAUGAUAUCAUGGUAUGUACUAACUUAUGACAGUUGAUAUGUCAUAACUUACGAUAUCAUGUUAUGUUCUAACUUAUGACAGUUGAUAUGUCAUAACUUACGAUAUCAUGUUAUGUACUAACUUAAGAUAGUUGAUAUGUCAUAACUUAUGAUAUUAUGUUAUGUACUAACUUAUGACAGUUGAUAUGUCAUAACUUACGAUAUCAUGUUAUGUUCUAGCUUAUGACAGUUGAUAUGUCAUAACUUACGAUAUCAUGUUAUGUACUAACUUACGAUAGUUGAUAUGUCAUAACUUAUGAUAUUAUGUUAGGUACUAACUUAUGACAGUUGAUAUGUCAUAACUUACGAUAUCAUGUUAUGUUCUAACUUAUGACAGUUGAUAUGUCAUAACUUACGAUAUCAUGCUAUGUACUAACUUAAGAUAGUUGAUAUGUCAUAACUUAUGAUAUUAUGAUAUGUAAAUGCUUGCGAAAUCGUGUUAUGUAGUAUCGAAUGAGGUCAGGGUGGCUUAAGUGCUACUAGUCACAUCAUGGUAUGUGCUAAUUGGAACAUCAUGGUAUUUGCUUAUUGGAACAUCAUUGGUAUGUGCUAAUUGGAACAUCAUGGUAUGUGCUUAUUGGAACAUCAUGAUAUGUGCUUUUUGGAACAUCAUGGUAUGUGCUUAUUGAAACAUCAUGGUAUGUGCUUAUUGGAACAUCAUUGGUAUUUGCUUAUUGGAACAUCAUUGGUAUGUGCUUAUUGGAACAUCAUUGGUAUGUGCUUAUUGGAACAUCAUGGUAUGUUCUUAUUUGAACAUCAUGGUAUGUGCUUAUUGGAACAUCAUGGUAUGUGCUUAUUGGAACAUCAUUGGUAUGUGCUUAUUGGAACAUCAUUGGUAUGUGCUUAUUGGAACAUCAUGGUAUGGUGCUUUUUGGAACAUCAUUGGUAUGUGCUUAUUGGAACAUCAUUGGUAUGUGCUUAUUGGAACAUCAUUGGUAUGUGCUUAUUGGAACAUCAUGGUAUGUUCUUAUUGGAACAUCAUGGUAUGUGCUAAUUGGAACAUCAUGGUAUGUACCUUAUGACAUCAUGGUAUGUACCUUAUGACAUCAUGGUAUGUACCUUAUGACAUCAUGGUAACUGAUUAACUACCAGAUUGAAAAACCCGUUUUGGCCGAAUUAAAUCUUGGUCACAUUUUCUCAUUCUGGGUGUAUGUGCAAAUUCAGCUGCAGUCUUCAUAAUUAUAAACAUGUUCUAAUGAUUGAGAAACUAUUUUGUAGUUAAUUGAAUCUUCAAUAUGUUAAACAUAAAAUUUUUGUAAAGUUUAGUUUUGUUAGGAAAUUCUUAAUUAUUAAAUUAGUAUUUGCAAUUGAAAAGCAAUGACAAAAAUGUAUAAAUGUGUCAACUUACGUAUACAUUUUACAUUUCCAAACCAUUUAAAGCCUUUAAUUUGUUGGUUUCCAGAUAGUAUAUUGCCAAUAAUAAGAACAAUGCACCAAAGAACACAGAUAUUGAAUAACAUUUACACUUCCAAUCACUUGGCUAUGUUAUAUACUAUGUUAUAGUAAUCCUGUCACUUGUUGCCAAGGUAAACAAGAAGUACAAUUUUGUAACUAGCUCGGAUAUUAAAACACAAUUAAUGAACAGCUCGUUUUUUUUUAAAAAACAUUCUGCCGUUUGCAUGCGCUUCGAACAUAAGCAUCAUAUCGGUAAAUAAAAAUUUCGAAGCAAAACGGGAACGGAAUAAUAUGAAUAUUCGACUCGAUUUAAUACGAUACAAACAUUGGCGCUACCAACGGCUCGUGGCCAUAACGGAAUGAAACGCCUCGCCGCCCCCACCGGCUCAUGGUAGUUAACUUGUUGCAUACACUCCUUUAAAGGAGUAUUGGUUGACGCAAGCCAAUGUGGACACACUGGCUGUGACAUCGAGCCUGGCCUUCUUACACCCCCCCCCCCGUGCAUCUGAUUGACUAUUGCAUUACUCGAAUGUGCUACAUGCUGUUGAAUUUUCCAAAUUGUAUCAAUUCCACAGGUUUGCAGUCCGCAUUGGAAAACAGAAUUAAGAAAUGUCACCUUCAUGUUAGGCAGGUGUGCAUCUAGACUUCUUGACUCGGUGAGUCGUGUAUUGGUCAGUUAUUGUUAGCAGGUGUGGAUCUGGAUGGAAACACAUUUUUUUUUAAAAGAACGAAAAGCAAAAACACAUCAGCUAUUGUAUACUCAACCAUUUAUUCUUACAUAUCCUAUGGCGUUUAAUCCUACUCUGAAAGAUUCACAAUCCAUGAACAUUAUAUCCAUCGUCCUUGUGAGCGUAUUGCGUUCGAAAUGUUUGCCCUCGAAGACAAUAUAACAAAAUUUGGACAUUUGCAUAUAAGGAAAACUCGGUUUUCUAAACAUGCUUUCCUGAACUAAUGGAUGAAAAGAAGAUAAUAUUUUUUUUCCACACUGAAAACCUCUCUAAUACAAAUCCCCUUCUUUCCAUCGUAACCAAUAAUUUUUGUUUAAAAAAACAACAACACUAACAUCAUCCAAACUUUGAACAAAAAUAACUUUGUACACAAUAAAACAUUAAAAUCGAUCAUUCCUGAUAAUCCAUAAGAUUGAUUCGCAUCCCCAGAUGAUAUUAUUUUAUUGUAACCAAUAUCUUGCUGUUAUAUUGAUAUCAUAGGGAGACAUCAAAGAAUGGACGGAAUUUUCGUCAAGCAAUUUCUACACAUCCAGGAUUGCUGGGCAGGUUACAAUGCGUAAUGGCUUGGCGGCAUACGGCAUGUCUGGAGACACAGAUGGGGUAUGUGAUCGUCGGGGUAUUAAAAACUAAUGAUGACUUGACGGCAUGUACACAUAUAUGAUACAUAUAGGUUACAGCAACGUCCAUAAAGUAUGUCAAGUUGUUAUCGGCAAUGUUUACCCCAUCUCCAUCUGUCACAACAUGUCUCAAAUCCCAUCUCCAACUGUCACAACCUGUCUCAAAUCCCAUCUCCAACUGUCACAACCUGUCUCAAAUCCCAUCUCCAACUGUCAACACCUGUCUCAAAUCCCGGAAACUUUUUUUUUUUUUUUUUGGAAGUAUGUCAAAGUUUAUUACUAAAAACUUUCAAAAACGUAACAACUAUUAUAAUUUCAUCUAAUAACAACUUCCUUAUUUAACCGUAUACUUUAUAAACUUUACAUUUUUUUUCUCCCAUCUCCAACUGUCACAACCUGUCUCAAAUCCCAUCUCCAACUGUCAACACCUGUCUCAAAUCCCGGAAACUUUUUUUUUUUUUUUUGGAAGUAUGUCAAAGUUUAGUACUAAAAACUUUCAAAAACGUAACAACUAUUAUAAUUUCAUCUAAUAGCAACUUCCUUAUUUAACCGUAUACUUUAUAAACUUGACAUGUUCUUUCGGUAUACAUUCAUCACUACAGAAUGCUAACAUCACUAACAAUGUCAUGUGUUAUGUGUAGGAUAAAAAAAUAUGUUGAAAGUGUAACGUCACAUUUGAUCUUAACCCCCCCCCCAGGUCGCACCCUGUCACAAUUUCUUAGACACCCCCCACUCCUUUUCCAGAUCGUGACCUUAUUUAUGGACGGUCCUUAUCAUUACAUUUGGAAGUUUUUAAAAUUGUGUUUGCUUCCUUUACAUUAGGUCUUCUCUACAUCAUUACAAAAAAUAACUUGUUGGAUUUUAAUUUUUUUUAAAUGUUUGUAUUAUCUUUGUAUAUAUUACACUUCUGGUUCGACUCGUUGACUGCUUCUUAAUAGAAUACUUCCUAAUAGACUACUUCCUAACAGACUACUUCCUAACAGACUACUUCCUAAUAAACUACUUCCUAAUCGGCGAAUUUGGUAUUGAUAGUAAAUUACAAAUAAUCCUAAAUGUUUGAAAGAAAGUAAGGUUCAAUAAUGAGUUCAAUAUGCGCAAAAUAUAAUUCCUGAUAACGCGCUAAAGGAUUUUUUUAAUAACGCAACUGCGUUUGGUGUGUAAUAUUUUAUUUUCGCAAAAAAUUAAAUGGUCUCAAUUUAAGUAUGGUGUUAAAAAAAAAAUAUUCGUUUUAAAAGUGGUUGGGACAUGAGAAUAUUUAAUAUAGUUCAUGGGCGUGAAAUUAAACGUGUGCAGUGACGCAUCAUCGAGGAAGAGGUAAGGCGAAAAUUGGGAUUCUUAAAUGUGGGUUACUUGAGUUCAUGUUUUGUCAAUUAACUUUACUAGAUGGGAAGUUCAUGCCUUUCUGAACACAAUGUUUGGCGGGUUAUAACUUGUUUUUUUUUAUUUUUUAAAUUAUUAUUAUUCCCAUAGGGUUGAAAGCAAAAACAAAGAUGUAUCCGGAUUGGAAAGAUUUAAAUUUAAAAAAAUUAAAACGGGAUUUGUUUAGGUUUUAAAAAGAAAAGACAGAACAAUUAGGACGAUGAUUGUGUGUUGAGUUUUAUGUGUGCCAUGGUCUGCACCCGCUUUGAUUCUGUGCUUGCAGGCUCUUUCCGACCUGAUUCUGGGGACUAAAAUUGGACCCAGCUAUGCAUGCUUGUUCAUGAGACAUUUCAAACAUAUUUUCGAAAGCAAACUGCACUGGACGCCUCCCUGAAUUCUUUUAGAGAUACAUUGAUGACGGUAUUGAGGUCACCACAUUGGAGAUGAGUGAACUUGACCUUUACAUCAAAUUUGUUGGCUCCUUUCCCCCUCUAUUAAAUUCAAAUCUCUUGUUUAUAAGACCUCAGUCAACUUUUUGGACGCUAAAGGCAACCUUCAGAAAGACAGCCUACUCUCCUCACUCAAUUUAAACAUGAUGACAGCCACUGCCAUCUACUCUACUCUGCUUCCAACACUAAAUCCUGUAAAGACUCUAUUACUUUUCCUCAAUUACUUCGUCUUCGUCGACUUUGUCGGGCGGAGGACGACUUUUGGGACAAAGCACUUGAGAGGAUUGACUAUUUCUGAUGUAGGUCCUAUCAGGUGACAGUACCUUCAUCAGUCCUUCAAAGGGUUCAGAAUAUUAAAAGCGCUGCUUUUUCUAGGUCACGUCCAAGUCACAAUGUUGACAGCUACAACCAUUAUGCUCGCUAUCACCCUCACAAUCUAAUAGCCAAACAUGUUUUUUCUUUAAAAACGUGACGUACACCUCACCGACACUGACACACGUCACAUUUUCUCUUCCCAGCCUCUCAUUGUUUUUCAGACUUGAUAAAAAUGCGAGAGACCUCCUUGUGCGCAGUCGCAUCAACGCUUCUUCCUCCCACUUUGGGACCAAGCCAUGUGGACGCAGCCGUUUCAACACUUGCCCUUUUGUCGUCGAGACUCAACACAUACGCUUCCCUAAGGGCAGUUUUCAGACGCGGGAUGGUGUCCUUUGUAUUAGCCGCAAUGGUGUCAUCGCCUUUGUUUGAACAUGCUGUAGGAUGUCGCACAUAGUGUAGAUAGGACGCCGAAUCUCUGACGGUUGUACUGAAAAUUUAUGAAUAUUACGCAAGAUAAAGAGUGUCCAGUCUCUAAACGCUUCAAUAGAAUCGACCACAGUGGCACGGUGGAAUUUACAAUUAUUAUGAUAGUGACUAACACAAACACAUUGACCCGGGAGAAUUUGGAAAGCAAGCUUAUCCAAACCUAUGGUACCUUGACACCAUACGGGUUGAACAUCAUGUCUUUAUUCACAGCUUAAGCCUUUGCCCCACCCCUCCACGUCGCAACCAAUCGCAGUGGACCAAAUUCUUUUCUUUUCUUUCCCUUGUAUUUCAUCUCGCACUUACCUAUUUUCUGUCACAAUUCUUUUGCUUCCCUUUUGGAUAGUACUACUCAAAUGAGUGUUAUUUUAAAAAAUGUAUUCUGUUUUUUUUUUCUUUUUUUUCUGCUAUUUUUUCGCCAACGAAUGCUUCCUGCUGAUACGUUCGUUGUUUUGUUUCGUUCCAUUUUCAGGUUUGACUUUACUUUGUUUUACUAAUUUCCUGAUUCUGGGCUUGCAGGCAUAGUUUGGCUUCUUCCUGGGCUUGCAGGCUGUUACGCACUGCCUUCUAUUGUGAGAAAUUAAUCUCCUAUUUUAAUUUUAUGGCUCGUUCAAACAGUGCCUAACAAAGGCCGAUCCCAUAGAGAAAUACAAUCAAUAAAUACGACACCCAAAACAGUACCAAUUACAAUUAAUUACAGAGUAUGUGAAAAUCUUGUUCUGGUACACAAUUAGUACAAUGUGCCAAUUAAUAAUGAUGCAUGAUGAAUGCGAGUAAACACAUAUGAGCACACAAAGAAUAAUACAAUUGUCUCGUAAAGUUAAUAAUAUCAAUCUGAAUCUCUCUCUCUCUCUCUCUGUGUCUGUCAAUCCCUUUAUAUAUGCAGCGUAAGCCCUGCCUUCCAGAAUGUUACGACCUUAGUUAUACUUGAAAUGCUACGACGUUAGUUUGAUACUUCCUCUCACAUAGAAUACAAGCUCCCGUGAACAAUAUAUAUAAUAUUUAAAUUCUUUACAAAGCAGGAUACACAUCAGUCCAAAUACCAAUUAUCCACUCGCUCAUAUCUCUACUGACUAACUCUUAACUGACAACUCUGACGACUAACAAUUCUUUUGCUCUACCUUUCUUCCCUGACUCUCUCUGUCCGACUUUCUUCCCUCUGUCUGACCUCUAGCUAACACACAUCCCUUUUAUAUUACCACACAAACAACUCAGCCUACGCAAACGUUCCACACCACGGACUAACUUCACGCUCUGACCUCGCGAUCAACAACUCACAAAACACUCUCACGAUUCACGACUCCCCCUACCCAACAUUCGCAAAAACUAGCUCACAACACAGAAACUACUCAGCAUUUAUUUACGUUUCUCGGCAAAUCGAGAACCUUUGACCAGGUACUAGGAGACAGACUAACCAUGUUUAAUUGGUAGUUGGUAGUAAACACUACAUAUCAAACGAAUAGGCCGCGCCAUCUAUGAACGUAGCGUGUUCUAGGAAUCUAAUUUGGGGUCAAGCAAUGUUCACGCACGGGGAAAAAGUGUCAUACAGGCUCUGUUGGAAAGUUGAAGCCAACGUCUCACUCACUCCUUGCUAAUUGUGGAAAUUGUUUCAUAUUUUAGAAAUAAAUAUUUUGUGUUUCUUAAAACUAUGAUACUAUUUGUUGUUUAAAAAAAAAUAUAUUUACAAUUUAUAAAUUUAAUUUUCAGUCUUUUGUUUACGCCAUUGGAACCCCUGGGGUAUUAGUCGGCGAAGGUAAAACAUUUACUAUCUAGAGUUUUAAUAGUUGUUUGUUAUUAAUGGCUUGAACAAUAACGUUUGUAAAUGAAAAGUUUAGCACAUGUAAAAUUUAUAAGGUCAAAGUUGCACACAGUAGACUUACAGAAAGGCACAUUGAUAUAGUUUUAGAAAUUCUUUGCUGAAUAGCUCCUUAAUGUUUCAGUAUGAGCAUCUAAAUGUUACAGAAUGACAUUCUUUAUGUUACGCAGCGUGUAAACUGACUUUUAAGGCCUGUUUCUUAUUUCGAUAAUCUCCGUAACUUAUGUAGCAAAACUGACUUGGGAAUUAAUGAUGAAAGGCAUGAGCCAAGCGUAUUGGCAUUAAAUUCCCCGCAUCUUGAAGGCGCCCUGCGUUUGUUAGCUCCAGCUGCUACGUGCUCUCGGUCGUGAAAAGGAAGAUAUGUCGGGCAGUGGUUGUUGGUAAUAUUUCUCUCGACACAGGAAAAAAUUAUUAACAGUUGACCAAUACUUACGCUUGGUAAGUAAUGUGAUUGAUGAAUCGUGAUGGAUUGUGAAAUCAAUGCUUGAAAAAAGGUGGCAUGAUUAUUCCAAGGAGAGAUUUAAUAAGACAACGCCCAUUAAUACAGUAAUGGUGUCUUUUUUUAAAAGAAAUUUUCUAGAUUAAGGAAGUGUUUUGUUUCGACGGAAGAGGAAGCCUGGUCCACCAUGCAAUUUUUCGAUAAGGAGAGUCACACCCGAUUCUACAGAAGAUGCUGUGUUUUGUUUCGACGGAAGAGGAAGCCUGGUCCACCAUGCAAUUUUUCGAUAAGGAGAGUCACACCCGAUUCUCCAGAAGAUGCUGUGUUUUGUUUCGACGGAAGAGGAAGCCUGGUCCACCAUGCAAUUUUUCGAUAAGGAGAGUCACACCCGAUUCUCCAGAAGAUGCUGUGUUUUGUUUCGACGGAAGAGGAAGCCUGGUCCACCAUGCAAUUUUUCGAUAAGGAGAGUCACACCCGAUUCUCCAGAAGAUGCUGUGUUUUGUUUCGACGGAAGAGGAAGCCUGGUCCACCAUGCAAUUUUUCGAUAAGGAGAGUCACACCCGAUUCUCCAGAAGAUGCUGUGUUCAACCCCAAAAAAAAAUCUAUGAUGACAUCUUUGAAACCAAACUUUUGCCAACUGACGUUAGCCAACUGUUUAAGAAAAUAUAUAAAUAUUCAUACCGCAUACUGGUUGGACAACGCUAGACGGAGACAUUAUUAUUGAGCUAGAAUGAUGCAUUGUAAUCUAUAGACAAAUCUAUGAGCUAGAAUGAUGUAUUGUUAUCUAGAGACAGAUCUGUGAACUUGAAUGUAAUGCAAUCUUGCGACAUAUCUGUAAAAUAGAAUGAUGUAUUUUGGAAUUUCCAGGCUACGGUGAACGAGGAUUCAGUUAUUAUUGGAAAACGUGAUUCUUCGAAGAAAGUCACAUUAACUUACUGGUCGAUCACAUUUUCAGUUCUGAUGACAUAGUAUUUUGCCAGAACAAUCUUCCUUGCGCCGUAUUUUUAAAAAAAAUCUAUAUCUGAAAUGUAUUCCCACAUGUUUUCAAACACUGCCACCAUUAAGUUCACUUACUAUUUAUCAACUAUAAAUACUUUUCCCUCCCUGGAGAGAUCUAUUUCCAAAUUUCUAUGGUCACGUGGGAUCCGAACCUAUGCAUUUUUGACAAACCCAGGUACGCGUUCAAGAUUCUGGACUUUCAGUUCUGCUUUUGUUCUUAAUUCUAGGAAAUCUUCAACUGAUAGACCAAGCCAACCAACGCUCGGCAACUAUACAUUACACGUUAGAGGACAGAUUGCACACUACAGCCUAUAGCUACCUGGGUGAGUUGCAGUCCAAAAGUUCAUUUAUGAAAGAUGAUUGAGAUUUCUCUACGGAUAUGAAAAUUAAUUUAGGUCUUACACUCUUAUAAGAAAAAUGUUUUAAAGAAACAAGGACAAACAAAUCAAGUUGUCUGAAUGACAUAUGGAUAAAAAGAAAAUGAUUCUUUAAUUAGAUGUUUGCACUUGUGUGUGACAGUUUAAGCUGUUAAAAUAGUGCAGGAACAUUGGGCUUUUUAAAAACAACUGUUUUACUUAGAUUACUGUAGAAAAGUGACUGAUACUUAAACUAUUCAAAAGUUAUUUACUUAGUAAAAGAAAAAGUUAUACAUCAAUCACCUUUACACAACUAUCCACCCUUCUUUGCCCUUAUUUCUGAUUCCCCCCUAGACCAAAAUACCUACAACUUUAUAUCUAAAAAACAAAAGAAGAAUGCCCCCCUCCCCCCUUCUCAACACCCGUUUCUCAAUUUAAAGGUAUACUUUUGUUUGUGAAUCACCUCAAUCUUGUUCUAAAGGGCCACGGCGCUAAAAUGCUGUGAACCGCUGGGCUAGGAUUAUGUUUUAUAUUAUUAAACUAUUGGUGUUAUGAAGCCUUCAAAUUUAAUGCCUUGGUAAUCACUUCUGGUUGGUUGAAAAUUUAAGAACAUGAAAAGAUAACUCUUUUUUGUUGAACACCCGGGCCCACCUUGUACUUCUCACAAUAGCGUGCUGAAGUCAUUGCAUCCAACUGAGCCCUACUAAUAAGUAUUAUGAUGUUUGUUACGCAGGCUAUUCAGUAAAGCUUGGAAAGUUCUGUAACACCACUGUGCUAUGUGUAGCUGCUGGAGCUCCAGGAAAGUACAAGCAUGGCAUGGUGAGUUUCUGUUUAUUAAUGUGGCACAUCACUACUUAAGUUGAAAUGUGACACAUCACUACUGACGUCAGAAAUGUGGCGCAUAAUAAUAAAGUUUAUUUGAAAAUCCCACUUCAUCCCCAAAGGCUCGAAGCGCGGUACAAAGUCAACCAAAUAGAAGAUAAUAGCUAGCUGAAAAAGAUGGUAGAAAGCAUCACCCCAGCAGGUGUUUGCGAAAUAGAUAUGUUGUCAAAUCGUUAUUAAAAGACUCCAGUGUCUUGCUGUUUCUGAGAGCGACAGGAAGUGUGUUCCAAAUUGUUGGGCCAGAAAACGCGAAAGUGCACCUUCCGUAAGUCUCAAGGCGAACACGUGGUAAUGAGAGUUUGCCACUAUCGGAUGAGCGGAGUUUUCUAGUGCGUACAUAAGUCGUCUUGAGUGCUUUGAGAUAGGACGGUGCCAGGUCAUGCGAGCAGCGGUAGCACAGAGUUGCAAUUGUGUUCUCUAUGUGAGUGCGGACCGGCAGCAAAUGCAACUCUCUAAAAUUUUGUUAGCAUAGUCAAAUUUCCGUUUGCGAAGAACGAUGCGAGCCGCAUUAUUCUGUGUUUUUUUUUUAAUUUUAUCAAGGAGCGUAGCUGGAAGACCCACCAUGAAAGAAUUGCAGUAGUCCAUGCGUGAUAGCACGAAUGCAGACAUCGGCCUCUUUGUUGCAUCAAACGUUAAGGAAGGUCUGAUGGGACUAAUUCUGCGCAGCUCUAGAAAAAUCGCCUUUGCAAAGCAUGUUAAUGUGAUUUUCCAUAGUAUGUGUUCUAAGUAGACACCCAGGUUUCAAACUGUUUCAGCAAACUCAAUUGGUAUACCUGGGAGGAUAAGGGAUGGUAUGAUAUUUACAGAUUAUAGCUUCUGAGCGGUAGCAAUGGGGAUCAGCUUGGUCUUUAUAUCGUUCAAUUUAACUUGUUAAAAUUCAUCCAGUGCUUAACUGACUCCACUGUCUCCUGUGUCGUUCUAAGAAGCUGAUAGCUGAGAGGGGAUCGCGGAUUGCUGAAGUCGGGUAUCAUCCACCAACAUGUGAUGUAGCAUUUCAAACUGCUUGAUCACUGCACCCAGAGGCUGGAAGUACAUAGUACAUCACUAGUUAGUCAGAAAUGCUUAUAAUAAAAAAAAAAAAAUUUUUGCAAAAUUUUUGUUUGGGUCGACUAAAUCAUCAUUAUUUUUAAAAUCAUCUCUAACACAACUGUCCCCCCCCCGACAACACCGCAUAUGCUUGAUUCUGUACUCGUGCCACAAUAUAAAUAACACCACUAUGUGGUGGACUCGUUUUCAUAAAAUGCCGGAAAUUCGCUCAAACCAAAUAAAAUUAAAUUCCGGUAGGCACUUUUAUGUAUCAGUCAAACAAACUGUUGACAUCCGACACCAACUAGCUGAGCUAGAUGAUUCCAAAUAGGCGUGGGCGGAGAGGGGACAAAACAAAAAAAAAGUGAAAUGACGAUGCCACAAUCAGUGACGUUGGAAAAGUGUGUGUUUGGGGGGGGGGGUGGAGCUCCGCACCCCAAGCGGCACUUUUUCGUUUCAUAGUGUGCCGUCUUCUUGUCCAACUGCUGAGGUUUUAUGGUUGAUGGGGCGGAAAAAUCCUUAUCAGGCGGCACUAACCCUAGCAACACCACUGCCCACCAGAUAGACAAUUAACAAACCCCUAUGCGCCGCAGUAGGUCAAGCGUGAGGAAAGACGUGAUAGAAUAUUGUUGUGUCAGUGUGCGCCUUUGUAAGGAUUGAUGUUUAAUUAUAAAACGUUUCAAAUCGUCCUUUCGAUAAACAUAAAAAAAUAAAUCAGGAUUUAAAAAAAAAUAUACGUUUGAUUAUUUUUAUUAAAUUAUUUAUCUUUCAUAUAUUUAUUUUAUUUGAAUUACAACCAAAUUAAUUUCAAAUGACUGAAAUGUCAAACUGCAGUGGUUGGCGAGCCCAAGACCUAAUGGUAACCGAACCCGAUCGGAACCCUGCUGACGAUCGAACCCGGACUGAGAUGCUAACAUCGAGUCCCUUCUCCAAUAUAUUUAAUUACCCCCAUUGGAAGAAAAUAAAUUGCCAGCACAGAUCCAAUGACCUCAUCCAAAAGUACACGGGCCCUGGUUAAGGAUAAUUGCAGCGAUCUAUAUCUUUAGUAGGACGCAAAUAUCAGAGGCGUUGCGAAGGGGGCAGAGGGGACAAAUGUCCCCUGGGGCCAGCUAGUUAGGGGCGCCAAAAUGUGCUUUGAUAAUUAUUUUAUUGAUUAAAAUAAUAGGUUUUUGAUAGUUAGAAAAGGAAAAAAUAAGGGCGCUUUAAAAUGAAUCUUGUCACCGGGCGCCAAACACUCUAGCUACGCCUCUAGCAAAUAUAGUCACAUGUUGGGAUAUUUAUGUUUUUACUCGAUUCAGGGAUUCUUAAACUCUUUGUUUCCGGUUUUUAAAAGACAAAUAAAUGUAGAUCAACUAUUCAGAAAUAAAGAGGUCGUCGGCUAAUUCCCAAGUGUGAAAGUUAGUUAGGCUUUAAAACCUUAUGAAAAAUUUACAUGUUUUCUUUCUGAAAUGACUAGGUCGAGAUCUAUGCAUGGGAAGACAGGACAGCACACAAAACGUUAGUGGCGAAACAAGCUCUCUCGGGAACACAGGCCAGUCAAAAUUUAUUUAUUUCUUUAAAUGGCGAAUAAAAGAGCAAAGCCUGUAAAACAAAUUUGGGUUAUAUACCGUUCCAUUGCUAUGUUUCGUAGUCAUUGUUACAGCAUUAUUACUACUAUAUUUGGGCUUAAGCUCGAUUGAUUGACUGUUAUUGUUAAAUUGUACGCAAUAAUUUAGGUAAUUACGGUUAAUAGUUAUAUCUUUUUUUUAAAUUUAGCAUUAAAUCUACAAUAAUAUCCAGAGCAGAAGUUCAUACAAUUGUUUUGUUCUUUAAAAGUUUAACUAUACGCAUGAGCCCAGAAAUUCGGCUCUGUGGAGAGAAAAAAAACCAACGUUAAAUAAUUAUUAUUUUUAUCAUUAUUGACAAAUAGAAAACCGUGAGAGAUCCAAUGGACGUUUUCAUGGGAUCGGUAUGAUAACUACUUCUUAGAAAUCGGGAAUUUUUACUUUAAACUUUAUUGUACCUUUGUUCCAUAAUUACCAUUAGGAUGUGGGUCGAAUAGAAUAACUCAUCAAAAACAUUUUGCGUUUUUUCCCUCCUUAUAUCCAAAAAUCUGUUGUUUUGAAAUCUGGACUUUUUUUUACAUUUUUUUAAAAAAUUUUUAAAUUUAAAUAAAUUUUCGCAUAGUUUAUUUUUAAUUUUUUUUUUUUUUAAUAUCUUAUGUCAUGCUUUUAUUUGAAGGCGUGGUCAAACUUUGGGUACAGCCUGUCUGCUGUUGACGUGGACAAUGAUGGAUACGAUGAGCUGCUGGUUGGUGCGCCUUUUUUUUCAGACGAAAACGACAAGGUCAAUGGCUUUGAUCAAGGACGCGUUUACAUUUUCUCACGAACGGAGGAAAAUCCCGUAAGAUUUUUUUUUUUUUUUUUUAGCAAAACUUGAUCUUAAAAUAAAAAUUUUACCAUUUUUAAACCAGAACUGCUUGAUUGAUGCGGUGAACAUUUGAUAACACUGAAAAUGCUGGGCACUUCAAUAAGUGAAGUGCCCAAGCUUUAUCAAUAUUUGAAAAAAAACAACACAUAAUUCUUAAAUAAGAGUUUUGUAUAUUGUAUAAAACGAUAACAACAUACAAAUCUAUAAAAAUAGAAUUCAUCGUGGACCAUCAACGGUAAUUUAAAAUAUAUACAUAUAUUUCUUAACACACGUUUUGUAACUGUAAGAUAUCCCAUAAAGAUUGAAGAUUUAUUUUAAAAGUUCUCCUUUGUAUAAACAAUUAUAGCCAAAACAACAAAUUCAAAUUGAAAUGCUGAUCCAAUCGUUCAUGUAACGUUAAAAAAAAAAAGCUAAAUUAAUUUGAAACAAAGGCUUUCGACCCACUUAAUAGUCUGAAAGCGGGUGUUAGUGUUCUAAAUUAAGAAUCUAACGUGCAAAAAAAAAAAUAAUAAUAAAAUGAUUAAAAUUACGGCAAUACUUGUGUUGAAAUCAAGAUGUAUUCUUUUCUUUCUUUUUUUUUUUUUUGAAUAAAAAAAAAAAAAAAAAACAAAAAAAAAAAAAAAAAAAAAAAAAAAAAAAAAAAAAAAAAAAUAAUAAAAAAAAAAAAAAAACAUGUGUUAAAAUCAAGAUGUAUUCUUUUCUUUCUUUUUUUUUUUUUUUGAAACUGCGGUACCAGAAUUGACCAGCCUGCUCCCGAGUGGUUAUCAAGUUUAAAUCAUUCAUCUCAUCAAGUCAUUAUUGUCCCUAAAGAUUUUAAGUUUUGUAGGUUUUUUAUGGCUGAUUUUUUCGCACGAUAAUGCUCAAGAUGGCCAGUGUUUCAAUUGUUCUAAGUGUAAAAUGUCUCUGGUUAAGAUAUGUAUUUUGUAAGUCCUGAACGUGAAUGUGUAAAAUGUAACAAGACAAUUCUGAUCGAUUAAAUAAUCUUACCUUAUCUUUUCUUAUUAAAAAAAAAAAAGAAAAUAUAUUUUUUUUAAAAUCACGUUUUUCUUUCUCUUGCUCUGCUCCCUCUCCUAUCACAUGUCUCAUAUCUAUCCACGGGGUGCGGGGGAAGGGAGGGGGGGCUAACUAUUAUUGUCAUCCCCAUACCAAAAUACUUAACUUUUUUCCAAUGCAAUAUAUUAAAUUUAUAGGAACAUAAAAGAGCAAUGUAAAUUUAACAAUUAAAUAAUUUAAUGCUGGAAUGAAACAAGCGCCUGCGUUGGGAAAAGACCGUAGCCUGAUCUUGGGUGCAUCCAAAAAAAAAUGUUUCUUUGUCUAAAGUGGUGAGGAAGUACGAAACGACUGUCUGUUAACAAGCCAUCAAUAAAGUUUUUCUUUGCGGGUCCAAGCUAUUAUCAUUCAGUUCGUUCUUCGGUGUACAGUAUCAACAGUGCUUUAGAACGGGCUUUUUUUUUUUUCCACGCUCCGCUCCAGGCACAUUUUUGUUAGCUCCACUACCAGCUACGGGAAAAUUAAAAAGUGGAAUGGAUAGGGGCUGGGAUGUGUAAAGGAGUGGGGGAAACAUGAUAGAAACGUGGGGCAAAAUACUUUUAAAGAGCGUGGAAAAAAAUGGUCGAAGAUUAAGACAUCAUAAUGGGAAGAUGAGUGGGGUAUUAUAGUUUAGUGAAGAGUGGGCUAAGAUAACUGGUAAAAGAGUGGGGUGAUGUAGAUGGAGAGAAGUGGGGCAAGAAAGCUGGUAGAAGAGUGGGAAUAUAUAGUUGCAGAAGAAUGUGGCAACGUACCAGGCACAAAAGUGGGGAAUCAAUUUUAAUGAAUUAUUUUUUAUUUUAAGAAUUAAGUACAAUUAGUUCUUUUACAUAAUUUUAAACAAAAAUGAAUUCAUUAAAAUAUUUUAGAGCUUCUAACAGUAAGACAUUUUACUAGCUCCAGCUCCGGGCAAAUAAAACCCUGCUCCAGAGCUCCAAGCUUCGCUCCAAAUCCCUGAAAUCAACUAAAUGGCCAGGGGUGGGGAGCUUUAUUCAGUACCCCAGGUAACGCUUCCAGACUAACACAUCCCUGCAGAAGUAUUUUCCACGGUCUUUGGAAACAAAUUAAUUACCAGUCUUUUACUGAUGACCAUACAUCGUAUCAUAACAAUUAUUUGUGCUGUUGCUUAUUAACGAAUACUGAUUCUGAAACGUACUGACGGAUCCCAAUUGUACACACAGAGCUACGAACUGAAAGUAACACUCGAUGGCUCAAAGAAGUCGUAUUCUUUGUUUGGAACAGCGAUAGCUGCCAUAGGGGACGUGAACAGAGACAACAUCCCAGGUAAGACUUUGUAAAUGUACACGUCUUUCUUCUUUUAAUCAUGCUGUGGUUAACUGCAGCAUUUGAUGGAAACAUAAGGCUUCGAAGUGCUCGUGAUGUCAGGUCUACGACACUUGACGUGGCUGAGUUGGCUCAGUGAGACACCUUUCAGUAAAUAAUUUGUUUUAAAAAAAAAGAUUAACCUGAUUUCUGAAAGCUCGUACAAAAGAAAAGAAAAGAGAUAAUAAUAAUAAAAAAAUUAUUGAUCUAUGUCCUGUCCAGUACCUAAAGGUUAUGUACCAGAAAAGAAUCACGCUAACGGACUGGUCCAUGAGAUUUAAGAAAUGUGUACGUACAUUUCAGAAUGUGUAAAAAAACAAAAAUGUCAUUAAAAUCUCAGUUUGGUUUUAAAUUAUCUAGAAAUGCCAAUAGGAAUCCUAUUUAAUAUAUAUAUAUAUAUAUAUAUAUAUAUAUAUAUAUAUGAUAGUGUCUAUGUCAAGUGAAAACAAAGUCACUUUUUGUAUUUAAGGCGAUUGGAGAAAUAACACAAACAUAAAAAUAUAAUAAUAACCAAGUCACUUUUUGAAUUUAAGGCGAUUGGAGAAAUAACACAAACAUAAAAAUAUAAUAAUGCACCAUUUUCUACAUCUUAACUAAGAUAUUGCUAUCAGUGCACCGACAGAGGACAUGGGUGCCUAUGUCAAGUGAAAACCAAGUCACUUUUUGAAUUUAAGGCGAUUGGAGAAAUAACACAAACAUAAAAAUAUAAUAAUGCACCAUUUUCUACAUCUUAACUAAGAUAUUGCUAUCAGUGCACCGACAGAGGACAUGGGUGCUGGAUCUGUUUACAUUUACAUGGGGACUCCAGAUGGAUUUGUCAACAGUCCUUCUCAAAUACUGACAGCGUCACAGGUAGAAUUCUUCAUAGUAAUGUUACAUUUUAUUAUAUUUAAAAAUAAUAUCUAUUUGUGAAUUUGAGAUUUGCCAUGAUAUUUUGUUUAGCAUGAAACGUAUAUUUUGAUAUUUAAACCUGUCGAAGGCAUAAAACAAUGUUCGCUAGGCGUGCCAAUAAACAUCACUUCAGAAAUUAUAUUUCUACACAAUAAUUUUGUGUUUCAAACUCUUUUGUUGUUCCAACAAUAUCUUUUAACUCCUAACAGCAAUAUCUUGUAACUCUCAUGUCUAGUCAUCCUAACAGCAAUAUCUUGUAACUCUCAUAUCUAGUCUUUUUAAUAGCAAUAUCUUGUAACUCUCAUAUCUAGUCAUCCUAACAGCCAUAUCUUGUAACUCUCAUAUCUAGUCUUUUUAAUAGCAAUAUUUUGUAACUCUCAUAUCUAGUUAUCCUAACAGCAAUAUCUUGUAACUCUCAUAUCUAGUCAUCCUAUCAGCAAUAUCUUGUAACUCUCAUGUCUAGUAAUCCUAUCAGCAAUAUUUGUAACUCUCAUAUCUAGUCAUCCUAACACCAAUAUCUUGUAACUCUCAUAUCUAGUCAUCCUAACACCAAUAUUUGUAACUCUCAUAUCUAGUCUUUUUAAUAGCAAUAUCUUGUAACUCUCAUAUCUAGUCUAUUUAAUAGCAAUAUCUUGUAACUCUCAUAUCUAGUCAUCCUAACAGCCAUAUCUUGUAACUCUCAUAUCUAGUCUUUUUAAUAGCAAUAUUUUGUAACUCUCAUAUCUAGUUAUCCUAACAGCAAUAUCUUGUAACUCUCAUAUCUAGUCAUCCUAUCAGCAAUAUCUUGUAACUCUCAUGUCUAGUAAUCCUAUCAGCAAUAUUUGUAACUCUCAUAUCUAGUCAUCCUAACACCAAUAUCUUGUAACUCUCAUAUCUAGUCUUUUUAAUAGCAAUAUCUUGUAACUCUCAUAUCUAGUCAUCCUAACAGCAAUAUCUCGUAACUCUCAUGUCUAGUCAUCCUUACACCAAUAUCUCGUAACUCUCAUGUCUAGUCAUCCUAACACCAAUAUCUUGUAACUCUCAUAUCUAGUCAUCCUAACAGCAAUAUCUUGUAACUCUCAUGUCUAGUCAUCCUAACACCAAUAUCUUUUAACUCUCAUGUCUAGUCAUCCUAACACCAAUAUCUUGUAACUCUCAUGUCUAGUCAUUCUAACACCAAUAUCUUGUAGCUCUCAUGUCUAGUCAUCCUAACACCAAUAUCUUGUAACUCUCAUAUCUAGUCAUUCUAACACCAAUAUCUUGUAACUAUCAUGUCUAGUCAUCCUAACACCAAUAUCUUGUAACUCUCAUAUCUAGUCAUCCUAACACCAAUAUCUUGUAACUCUCAUAUCUAGUCAUCCUAACACCAAUAUCUUGUAACUCUCAUGUCUAGUCAUCCUAACACCAAUAUCUUGUAACUCUCAUGUCUAGUCAUCCUAACACCAAUAUCUUGUAACUCUCAUAUCUAGUCUUUUUAUUAGCAAUAUCUCGUAACUCUCAUAUCUAGUCAUCCUAACACCAAUAUCUCGUAACUCUCAUAUCUAGUCAUCCUAACACCAAUAUCUUGUAACUCUCAUAUCUAGUCUUUUUAAUAGCAAUAUCUCGUAACUCUCAUAUCUAGUCAUCCUAACACCAAUAUCUCGUAACUCUCAUAUCUAGUCAUCCUAACACCAAUAUCUUGUAACUCUCAUAUCUAGUCAUCCUAACACCAAUAUCUUGUAACUCUCAUAUCUAGUCAUCCUAACACCAAUAUCUUGUAACUCUCAUAUCUAGUCAUCCUAACACCAAUAUCUUGUAACUCUCAUGUCUAGUCAUCCUAACAGCAAUAUCUUUUUAAAUUCUGAUUCCUCUUUAUUUACUCAGCUACACUUUUUUUUCAGGUGCUAACAUCUACAGGGUUUCAAGUCAGGGGAAUGGGUUUCGCUAUCUCUGAAGGUGUUCAGCUCGCCAAGAAAGGGUACCCGAUAUUCGUCGUGACAUCUGUAGCAGAUGAUGCCAUUCUCAUUGUCAAGAGCAGGUUAGUGUGCUACAUUCACCUCUGCCACAUGUGUCCCAAAUGUAAUGAGUGUAAUGAAUUUUUAAAAACUAAUUUAGAGAGAAUUUACACUAAUUUAAACGACAAAAUAUGUCACAUAAAUAUCUUAAAGCUGAUAAUAUUGCUCGAAUUACGAGAUCAAUUUUCGAUCAUAUAUUUAAUGCGACUUUUGUAUAAAGCCUUGUCACAACUUUCAAAUCAGUUUUUGAUUAAAUGUAGAUGGAAUUAAUUUUUUUUUUAAUACCUGUAUUAUUGUGCGACCUCCAUAACUAGUGAACAAACACUAAAAAAAAAGGAUUCAACAAUCUAGCUUAUAUUGAGUACCCGAAACAACAACAGUCACCAAAUAAAAAUAAUGUACUUAUAUUAGAAGAAGGAUACAAUAGUAACAACAGUUGAACAAUAAUUAGCGUAGCGCAUGAUGAAAUUACAACAUUAAACCUAGUACACAGAUUUAGCGACAACGGAUUUAACAAUAAUUGAAUUUAUGAAAAGUCAAAAACGAAGAGGAAUACCAAACCACACAAGAAAUAAAAUAAAGUAAAUGGGGGUAUGGACGAACUAAAUCACGCAUGGUGCCCCAGGGUGGGACUUUGGUACAGGGCCUCCAUAAGAUCCUCCUACAGAUGUAGCUUCCCUUCAAUUUAGAUCACUCGUUUAGAAGAGUUCCACUUUUUGAAUCUUUUAUUAGUAAAUUCGCCUUUAUGCGUGUUUCUUUCUUUCUUUGUGGCAAACUCUUCUGAAGGUUAAUUGACCUACUUUUGGUCGUUCCAUCGAGCUGAAAUUCGGCACACUGAAAUGUUGUUGACGGCAACAUAUUCGUUCAAAUUUUCAGCCCCAUCCCACGAGCCCCGCCCCAAAAAUCUGUUUCUCCUUUUUAUCUAUAAAGGGGAGGGGGGUGUAAAUAAUUUCUUCAAGGGGUGCGUGACUUUGUGUCCAAUACUUGUAUAGCUGUUGUUAUUUGCUCUGUAUUUGUGAUGUAUUUGUGUUUAAAUGUAUCUUUAGUCUUUUGGGUAUUGCAUGCACUAAGUUUGAUAAGAACCCUUUCCCAUACCAAAAAUCAGUUGCUACAAUCACAUGAUAAAUCACGUACAAUGGCAUAAUUGAAAACGAAAAUGCAUGUAAAGGAUUUGAAAGCAAAACAAUGUGUAAGGGGUUGUUUCAUUUAUCGACUAAUGUUGCUGUAGGAAUAGAUCCAAGACAGCAAAGUCAUAUCCUGACAGCACACACGGACUUACAAGUUAAAUCAAAUUUCUUUUGUGUGUGUUAUUAUGGCAAACAUUAAACACAUUUUCUUAAUAUGUAAAAAUUAUACAAAUAAAGAUGUCCUUGGUAGUUGGUUGUAAGAGCUUUCUUUUAUUCGUACCUAUUCGUUUUGUACAGGUCUGUAGUUGAUGUAAUGUUUCAACUCAAAACUGACCCCGAAAGGGUAGAUACAGAAAAGGAAUGCUCUAAACUGAAGGCGCCUUGUUUCACCGUCCAGUUUUGCCUGAACCAUUCUAUAAGAGAUGAACCAUAUCGUCCUCUCAGUGAGUCAUGGAUAAUUUUAUGACAUCUAUAGAAAAAUACAUUUUAAACAAAAAAUGAAUGUCUUUGUAGAAAAUGAAAACAAAUAACUGCCGUAACUGAAUGGCUUUUAUUGAUGAAAUCUUCACAUCUAGUGAUUUUCUAUCUAUAAAGUUUAGAUUAUCUGGUCCUUAACAGGCAUUCUUAAAUAAACAUUUUGUUGACUUUUUCCACCUCAGACUUCACUGUCAAUUUAGAGAUGGAUGUCCACCUGCCACCUGGAUUAAAACGCGCUCUUUUCGUACAGAAAAACGAAACUUCAAGUAGCAUCGUAAUUGGUCAGUUUCUGGCUAGAAAAAAGAACAACUGUACGGACUUUACGGCAGUUCUACAAAAAGUAAAUGAAAUAAUAAUCUUGUAUGGCAUAUUGAAAAAAAAAAUCUUAUAAUUGUUAUAUCUUAGUUAACUCAGUCGCAAAAACAAAAAGAUGCAUACAAUUAAGAUGGCCAUAAUUCUAAUGCUCUGAGUACUGUGACGUAAAAAAAAAGUCAUUCUUUUAUAAAUUAAAGUUGUAAGACGUCCUGGGUUCAUUUAAUGUUUAUUCCCUUUUUCUGUCCAUCUGUCUCUUCCAUUUGUCUCAUUUUGAAUCUCUUAAAAUCUCAUCAAAAAUUUGGUGAUGUCUUUCCCUCCAUCGCUUAUUCUGUAUGCAGUCUAAAUAACAGGUCAUUUCUGAAUGAUACCGUUUUUGAGCAAAAAAUUAAUGGAAAGAAAUACAAUUUUUAAAAUAUUCAAGAAAUAAUAAGUGAUUUAAAUAUGUUGCCCUUUCAAUAUAUAUGAUACAACUCUGAGAUAGUAAGACAAGACAACGUUAAGAUGGCAGGGGGGGACAGCACUGAGAGGGCAAGAGAGGACAGCUUUGAGACGGCAAGAGAGGACAGCUUUGGGACGGCAAAAGAGGACAGCUUUGAGAGGGCAAGAGAGGACAGCUUUGAUACGGCAAGGGAGGGCAGCUUUGAGACGGAAAGAGAGGACAGCUUUGAGACGGGAAGAGAGCACAGCUUUGAGACGGAAAGAGAGGACAGCUUUGAGACGGAAAGAGAGGACAGCUUUGAGACGGAAAGAGAGGACAGCUUUGAGACGGCAAAAGAGGACACCAUUUUUCUUUAUCAAAUUGUAAAAUCCUAAGUUCUAUGUGCACAAAAAUAUUGGCAUCCCAGCUAGUAACUAUAUCAUUGUAUUGUUUCCAAGGAUCAAGUCAACAGAGACAGAUUUAGACCCAUUCAGAUUCUGGCGACGUACGAAUUGCACAAUUCCUCUAACAAAGACAACGACCCCAUAUUAGAUGUGUUUAAGCCUAACAAUGCUACCACAACAGUGAGUAUAGUCUUUUUCCAGGAAUUAUUCUGCCGGUAUAAGCCAAUGAAUUUUAAAUACAUACAAAUAGAUGUGAUUUAUCCGAUGCUUAUUAAUUGCUUGUAUCCCAGAUUAUAGCAGGGCACAAAGUGUUAUAACUUAAUGUCCUCUGACAGAAUGUCCUCUUAAUGUGCGUAGAACAAUGAUAUCUGUUAGCAGUUCUUACUAUAGAUGAGUAGAACCAUGAUUUCUGCUAAAAGUUCUUACUGUAGCUUAGUAGCAAGCAGUUCUUAGUUCUUACUGAAGAUGAAUAGGACCAUGAUAUCUGUUAGCACUUCUUAUUGAAUAUAUAUCAUCAAUUCACCUUAAGGACAUUAGGACAACAAGCACAUUAUAUCUCAACCGGAUCAUUAUUUUACAUCUAUUUAUUUUUCAAGAUAUCUAAAUGAUAUUUAAAUGACUUAAAAUGUUUAACCAAAGAAAUUAAAUUAAUGCCAAAUUUCUUAAAAUCAUUGUGUUACAGGCUACUUUUCUCAAUAAAUGUGGAAGUGAUAACAUUUGUGAGGCUGAUCUAAACCUCAACAGCACGAUAAGAUACUCCGCUGCUGGUAACUGGUCAAGUUUAGUGGUCAAUGAUACUAAGGUUUGUAGCUAAAGAAGAAAAAAAGUUGUGUCAAAUUUACUAGACAAUUUAAGUUUGUGGUUUUCUAUAGCAUUAAAGUAAAGGUUUACGUUGAAAAGAAAAACUAACACCAUUACUAUGGCUUACAUGACCCACCUUAGAGCCGUUGUUGGUGGCUAUCAUGAUCCACAUUAAAGCCGUGGUUGGUGGCUAACAUGACCCAGCUUACAGGCGUUUUUGAUGGUUAUAAUAUCCAAUCUUACAGCCGUGGUUGAUGGCUAUUAUGACCCACUUUACAGCCGUUGUAGGUGGCUAACAUGACCCACAUUACAGCAGUUGUUGAUGGUAAUAAUGACCCACCUUACAGCCGUUGCUGGUGGCUAACAUGACCCACCAAAUAGCCGUUGUUGGUGGUUAAAAUGACGCACCUUGCAGCCGUAGUUGGUGGCUACCAUGACCCACCUUACAGCCGUUGUUGGUGGCUACCAUGACCCACCUUACAGGCGUUGUUGGUGGCUAACAUGACCCACCUUACAGCCGUAGUUGGUGGCUGACAUGACCAACCUUACAGGCGUUGAUGGUGGUUACCAUGACCCACCUUACAGGCGUUAUUGGUGGCUGACAUGACCAACCUUACAGGCGUUGAUGGUGGCUAACAUGACCCACCUUACAGCCGUAGUUGGUGGCUGACAUGACCAACCUUUCAGGCGUUGAUGGUGGCUACCAUGACCCACCUUACAAGCGUUGAUGGUGGCUACCAUGACCCACCUUACAGGCGUUGUUGGUGGCUAACAUGACCCACCUUACAGCCGUAGUUGGUGGCUACCAUGACCUGGUUGUCAAUUUUGGAGAUUUUGCGUACAUGUGCUUAUGGGUAUGUUUUUUUUAAAUCAUUUUUUUUUUUAAAUUUGGUUGGGGCGGGGUGAUGGCUGUGUCUUGGCACAAAGUUCAAACAUUAAUUUACAAAUUCUGGAAUUAUUAUUUUGAAAUUCAGACCUUCGAUUAAUAGCACGUUUAUCUUUCUAAAUUUGGAGAGAGGUCUUCACCAGUCGUCCUGUGUUGAUUAGUUCGCUUAUCUGAAACCUAUCGACAGUUUUCUACCUAUACUAGUCUUAUAAUUACUACUUAAAGAUAACAAAUUAUUUUUAUUUUGAAUUUCCUUUUCUUGAAUUGAAAAGUUUUAAAAGAGCCUCAACGAAGAGGAACUAUUCCAGUGAAUAGUUGUUUGGUUGUAGCGGACACCAUUAUUUUGCAUCUCAUAUUUCAAGAAAUAGAUGGAAUUAUAAACCUUUAGAUUAGCACCACAUUCUCAAAUGCAGUCACAGGAUCGUUUUGACAACCUACUUGUUUUGAUGUUAUUAAGUGAAAUAUUACAAAUAGCUUGGUAAAAACAGUAAUGCGUAGAUCAAAACUCAAAUUGUUUCGGGAUUGCACCCCUGAAGGCAAAAAUAAACAUGUAUUAAUCCAAAAGGGAGCUUAAGCAGAAUUUUUACAAAAUAUACAGAUUAAUUAGUGAAAAAUACCACCAAAAAACAUCAAAAGCAAUUCAUUUUUAUUAUCAUGACGUUCAAUGAAUUAAUGACUGCGAGAAUAUUUUUACCUAGAAUGUUUUAAAAUGUUUUAUUUUAAAUUAUGAUUGAGAGGGACUGAUUUGUUUGUUAAGCUGUGACAACACGCCAUUGUUUGUUAAACUGUGAUAACCAGCAAAUGUUUGUUAAAAUGUGACAACCAGCCAUUAUUUGUUAAACUGUGACAACUAGCCAUUGUUUGUUAAACUGUGACAAUUUGGAAAUAUCCCACAAACAAGCACAUUAUUAAUAAUUUGCCGUUGAAUUUAUUUUACACAGGAACGUGCUAGUUAAAUCAAACAUCUAUUUUUUUUUAUUUUUUUUUUAUUUUAGAUCUAAAAUGAAUCGUGUAACUACACAAUAAAUAAAAAAUAUUUUUUUUUAUACCUUAAACUUUUAAAAAGUAACAAAACGUUGUAGUAGAAACUCACUUACUAAGUGUUUAGAGAUGCUUUUUAGGUGUGCAGUUAGCUUGGCGUUUUAAAUAGUUCGCAUUUUUAAAAAUGUACAAAUUUAUUUUGGAAGCAAAAUCAGAAUGCGUUACCCGUCCCCAGACACCAUUUCCAUGCAUAAAUAAAACAUUAAAGUAUUGAGCAUAUAAUAUUCAUUGUCUACUCUUUUGUUGAUAUUAGUAAAAGUUUCUGAAACUGUUGAUUAAAACAUUGUGUCGUAGGAAAUGAUACUUCAUAUUGAUGUCGAAAAUAAAAACGAAACCUCAUUUUGGACAAUAGUAACCAUAGAGGUGGACACCCUGGGUCUUAACUUCUUCAGUGCGAGAUCCAGUUCGAGCUGUCGGCUGGAACCAGCUGUCGGGCGUUCUAAUAAAACCACGGUAGGAUACUCUUUGUCAUACCUGAGUAAUGCUCACAUUUUUUUUUUUAAUUUAAAAUUAUUUUGGGAAACAAUUAUCAUAAACUUUUAAUAACCUUUGGGAAAUAGACAUAAAUAUUAAUUCGUGAAUUAUGUAGCUUUAAAAGCUUCUAUUCAUUCUCUUUAUCAAAGAAAGACACCCCCAAUUCCCAUGCUUAAGGUGAUACUCAAUGGAAAUUUAGCUUCAGACAUGGCCAUUUAGCUUCAGAACAAUGGAUAGUUUAAAUCUUUAAUCUAAAUGUCGAAUGAAACUGCUUUGAUCUGCAUGUCGUCAGAUAACCUGUCAUUUGUUUGAACCGCUGGAAAAGGACAAACGCAUCAGUCUAAAUGUCACCCUGGACACCAGCAAUCUGGAGCUCAUCAAGAAAACGUUUGAGACCAGGGUCAGCGUCAUGCCGAAGGAUCUCAAAAAUAACCCCGAACUCGCACCGGAUGAUAACAGAGAAAUGCUCAAAACGGACGUUUUAAUCAUUGCUAACCUGGUCAUAGACAGGUGAGACACAUAUGCUAGGGAAAUAUAGAGUAUGACAUGGUCAUAGACAGGUGAGACCCAUAUGCUAGGGAAAUAUAUAGUAUGACCUGGUCAUAGACAGGUGAGACACACGUGCUAGGGAAAUACAGAGUAUGACCUGGUCAUAGACAGGUGAGUCACAAGUGCUAGGGAAAUAUAGAGUAUGACCUGGUCAUAGACAGGUGAGACCAAAAUGCUUGGAAAAUAUAGAAUAUGACCUGGUCAUAGACAGGUGAGAUACACAUGGUAGGGAAAUAUAGAAUAUGACCUGGUCAUAGACAGGUGAGAUACACAUGGUAUGAAAAUAUAGAAUACGAAACAUUUGCCCAAAAAAUGUUUAAGUUAUUUUGUGACCUAGAAUGCAUUUAGAUUAAGACUAAGUGCAGUUUUCGUUAACUUAAAUUAUCUUAUUGGGCAAAUAUUGUAUAAUAGGAUUCAUUCACCUCACCUUUUAGAAUGAUGAGAAAAUAGUAUCAUGAAAAAAAAGAAUUUAAUGAACAUUUGCCCUCCCCCCCCCCCAAUUUUUUGCCAAUGUUAUGUUAUUUUGAUGUGAUCCAAAAGACGGAGUGAUAUUCUUUAUUAAAUUUGAUGAAGGUUGAUUAUUAUUUACAUAUGUUACAGGUUGCUUAUAAUUGACACAUGCUAAAGGUUGUUUAUUAUUUACAUAUGCUUUUUUCUAUUUAUUUUUUUUUUUGGUGGCAUCCGUACGUCACAAUGUGACGAUGGUGUGGAAUUCGCAUGACGAAAUCCACAAGGCCUGGGAUUAUUCUUCUAGGAUUUUGAGCUGGAUCCCAAUAGAAAAACGCCUCUCUCAACGCCGCUGGGUAAAUUCAAGGGAACAUCAUGUGGAUGAUAAAGCUUGGCACCAGUGGCGUCGCAGGAGUUGUCGGAAUGUUUCAUUGUACCAAUGUUAUCCGCCUACUGGACCCCGUCUCCGAGUUUAAAUUCAGAGUUUCCGUCUCUUAGAUGAGUUGCCACCCAAAGCUGACGAGUCCCUUCCACCUGGGAUGCUAGGGAUGUAUUUUGCUUGAGAUUUGCUCAGUUUAGACCACUCCGCCAACCAGCACCCACAUAUAUUUAGGGUUACUUAUUAUUUACAUAUGUUACUGUUGUAUCUCUUCAACCAGCUCCUCCUCGCCAACAGAACACACGGUCACUGCAGUAAGACAAGUCAACCAAAAAGGGGCCACCCCCUCGGUACAAAGCAGCCAGAAGCCAAUGAACGUCACCCACAAAAUUUUAAUGCUGAACAGAGGGCCGAGCUUUCUGCCACCAUGUAGUGUCUACGUGUUCAUCCCCAAUAAAUUAGAAGAUUCGUCGCUUUUAGUCCUAGAGACUGACGUCCAGGUAAGCCAAACGGAUUUCUUGUACUGCAGGAAAGAAUUUAUUUUUAAUAUUUCGUUUCUUUUUUUCAAAGUUUGUAAGGUAUUUUUGUUUUUCCUUCUGUUUUAUCCCCCCCAAAAAUGAAUCGGUAAGGAAUAUGUGAAAGUAAUGGAUGCUCCGUUCAGAAUGUAGAGUAUGCCUCAGAGAAAUAAUUGGUAUCGUAGUCGAAUCACUUGUUGAAGUAAAAAUUCUCCAGCCCUUAUUUCACCAUGGAAUAGUAAAUGUAUACUAUUGUUUGGGUACAGUCAUCUAAUGUCUUUUUUUGUUCUUAAUGUUGCGAUUAGUAAAUAUAGAAUUGAGGAACACUUUUCCAAUACUUAUAUAUAAGCAUAUUAUAUAUAAGUAAAUAUGUGUGUACAUAUAGAGAUAGAUACAUAGACACAGUCAAAUACGUUUAACAUGAAAACAAUUAACAUGAAAAUUCGGUUAACACCAAAAAAUAAUGUGGUCCCGACAUAAUACUAGGUGCUUUCAUUCAUUUUUUUUUUAUUUUAAUACUAAACGAAAAUCGCUUAACAGUCCAAACACGAAAAGAGUUCGCAUCUCGGAAUGAACAAUAUACGUACCCCAGCCGACGAUAAUGUAGAGGGAUCAGAAAUAAAGGGGAAGCCGUGGCUCGUGUAAAAUAGCGCUAACUCGAAAUGAACAAUAUAAUGGACGAUAUCAAACAAUUUGUUAACAAUGUCAUGCUGAAAAAGACGAUAAUAACAACAAACAAAAAUAUAUCAGAUUAUUUUUUUUUAAUAAAAUUUUUUUUAUUACAGCUUAAUAAGUAUGUACACUAUUUUUGAUCGUUUUAAUGUUUUUUUUUUUUGUUUAUUAAAUCCAUCCAUACAUACAUGUAUGAAUAAAUCGUAAAACAAUUUGAAAUUUAAAUAGUGUAUCUAAUAUGAUGUAAUCGGAAAAAUUUAAUUUUGGUGAGUAUGUAUUUAUUUAUGCAGGCAUCCUUUAACACGAAAUUCUUUUUUAACACGAAGAAAUAUUUCGGUCCCCUCUUUUUCGUGUUCAACGAUUUUCACGGUCUAUAUAAUUUUAUCAUUAAAUUGUGGAGCCUAAAUUUAAAUCUAAAUAUGUAGCUGGGUAAGUGCAAAGAGAUGGCACCGAGACGUAAAAUAAAAUAACUCACGUUUGUUAAAAUUAGGAAUAAAACAUAAAAAAAUUAAUUUAUAAAUGACCUAAAUAUAUCCCUAAACCUAACCUGGGUAUUGACCCUAACCUGGGUAUUGACACUAAAGCAAAAACACGUAAAGGACGUCAGUGUGCCAUCCAUUUACUUUGACCUAUACUGGUAUCUAUAUAGAUUAUAGGCUAUACAUUUCAAAAUUGUGUGCUUUUAAAACAAAUUAUAAGAAGACACCUAUAUUUAAUGUCAGCUGAAGACAGCAGAUGGCAGGAUGGUCCCGUGCUAUGAAAAUGGGACGAUCUCCAACGAAGGGAAGUUCUCACCCCUUGAAAAUCUAACCACCACCGAGCCAACCGGUAAAAAAAAAAAAAAAAGUUUUUUUUUUUCAAUACACUCCAACUGCAACUUUUUAACAAUGUAAUAUGGUAACAGAAAACUCAUUUAUCAAGUCUUACAAUAAAAAAUGAUACAUUAAUGCUCUACUCAUUUGUUGGUUGGAUUUUUCUUUAAAAAUAUUAUUUCAUUAUUUUUGUUUAGUUUGUUUUAAUUUUACUUUAGUAAUCACUACUGAAUCAACUACAGUCAAAGAGAUCGACGAUUACGACAUUGGAAUGCCUUUAGUAAGGAAAAAAAGACAAGCACAAGUCAAGGAGGGCAAAAUUUACACAGUGGUAUGGCAUAAAAUGUGCAAAUAAACCUUAAUGAUGGAGUUUAGUUUUUACACACCGUACAAAACAAUUGAAUAAUUUUUUUUUUUUUCACAAAGUAUAGCAGAUGUAUUUACCCUAUACUAUGUAUAGCCUUCAAUUUAAUCAAAUAAAAUUGGAUAAGAACUAUGAAACUUUUUCGAUCAUGCUAUUUUUAUGACAAUUAAAAAUUGUUUGAAAGCUCUUCAUUACUAUGUUUGUCCGUGCUGAAUUCCAGAGCUGUGAAGACGACCCCAGUCAGUGCCAGGUGUUCGUGUGCUCCCUGUCCACUAUAACACAGCCCAGGAGUUAUGUAGAGAUUAAUGUGACAAUGGUGGUAGAUUCGGUCAACAUUCCCAUGCCUUCGGUAAAUUUUACUAUGGAAUUCUUUCGAUACAAAAAGUUGAAUUGCAUGGAAAGACAAACUCUUAAUUGUUGUAUCAUCGUAUUGAUAUGUGUGUGGUGGAGGCGGAGGCCGGUGCAACUUUUAAAAUGGAUAAUAGUUGAAAUGAAUGGUAAAGUUGAUUUGUUUCAUCAGAUGGUGAUACUUAAUAAUUAGAAUAAUACAUACAGCUGCCAAAGCGUAUGACGUCAUUAUGCUGUUGGAAUGUUUCCUUAGGUUGUUACGGUCGCUUUCAAUGAUUAACGUUCACCGUCUUCUUCCUUUGAUUCAAACAGGGCAUACACACCACGAUGUUUACAAUGAUUACACUUCUCAUUGUCUUAUUCCUUUGAUUCAAACAGGGCAUACACACCACGAUGUUUCUUACCAAAGUACUUGUUAGUGAACCGAAACAUCCUUUAUUCAAAGCCUGGGGCCAGCCAGUCUAUAAGCAGGUGAGAUGUUGGGUCUUUGGUCAAAUAUGAACCCACCCCUCACCUCAGUUUCAUUGGAAACGAAAGUGAUUUUCCCUAAGACAGCGUCUGUCAGCCCCCCCCCACACCCCCACCCUCUUUUCCUUUUUUUUCCUCGUGGCCCACUCGAAUAGAUUUUUUUUAAACCUCCAAGAGAAAUUAAAAAAAAUUUACGAGGAAAAAAUUUUUGUCCCCCCCCCCCCCCCCCCCGUUUUUUUUCCACGUAAAUCUGCUAUGGCCCCUAGGGACCAUAUGGCCCGGAUUGAGAAAAACUUGACUCGUGUAUUAAGGCUGAGCACACAAAUCUUCAUUGUUUACUUCUUAAUAUUAUUAUUUCUUUAGUGCUUUAGUUUGAUACAACAUGCCUCAACUUAUCACAAUCCGAAUCCUAUGACUUGUAUCAACUAGAUGUCUAGCUAAUGAAAUGUUAUGUUCUGUGUGACCCUUUAGACACCCACGUUGUUCCACUAUCUGCCGCAGCAGUCUGGCAUCAACCUGUGGGUCAUCAUUGGAAGUGGUGUGGCUGGACUUGUGCUUAUAACAAUACUGGUUAUCAUUCUUUGGAAGGUAGCAUUUGUUUAAACCCAUUACUAUAUACAAGUAGUAGAUUAUCUAUACUACUAUAGAAAUAGAUCAGUACAUAUUAGUAAGGAAAAAGAUCAGUACAGAUUGCUAUAGAACGAGAUCAGUACAGACUAAUAUAGACAUAGAUCAGUUACGAUUUAGGCAUUUAGAAAUUAUUCGUAACAUAUAUUUUAGUAAAAGUGUGAGCAAAUGCCCAAAACGAAAUAUGUUAAUCAACAAGAACAUUACGUUUCAAAACAUCCAUAGAUCUUGUUACUUAAAUAUCCAUAGAUCUUGUUACUAAAAUAUCCAUAGAAUUUGUCACUAAAAAUUUUGAAAUUUGAUCAAAUGGGGGGUAAUCAAUUUAUUUUUUCAAUAAGAAAUGAAUCUUUUCCUGAUUGGUCCACUAAUAUUUAUCCCCCUUUUAAAAUAAAUUUAAUUCUCGAGCUUCGAUGAAUCCAUUGCUUUUUUUCUUUUUAAUGCAUCAUACUUGUACACAUAAUGAAUAGCUUCAAAUACAAAGGAUCGGACAGUAUAAUAUUUUAUAAAACUAAACCUUAGCCAAAAUAUAUCCAUGGGAAAUAAUAUUUCACAGAUUAAUUGAUUUUUUUUAAAAUAGUAUUUUAAACUUUUCUUUUCCAAUUCCAUUUAUUUGACCUCUAACAAUUCCCUGGCACCUUCUCUUAUUUUUGUCUCUCAAGCAAUUUUAUUUUUUUUCAGUGUGGAUUUUUCAAACGUACAAAACGUAUGGAACUUGAAGAUUUAAAGAAAGAGACCAAGAGACAGUCGCAGUACCGCGCCUCUAUGAGAGGAGUGGAUGAUGAGAAAAUGACAUUUUGCGCUAAAAUGAACGAUCCCAAUUCUGAUCAUCGUUAACAAUACACCUUCUUGUUUCAAUAUUUAAACCUAAAUUUUCUAGGG